CGGCUUUACCGGAUGGUCUCUAUCGGGAGGCAGGGGACGAGUUCAAACUCAGAGCGUUUUGCUACGUUUUGUCGGCGUUGAAGCCGCUCGGGGUUUAAAUUCACUUUUACGUAUAGAGGAUGUGUAUACUAGCAGACACAGCUCUCUGAGUGAGUCUUUAGGUCCGGUCUAGUUGUUUUAAGAGCUCGGUUUCAAUCAGCAACGUGAGUCGAGAUGAAACCGCCGCCUCGAACACGAACUAAACCAGACCGCAACUUGAAACCUGAACCGGUACCGCAGCGUUCAGGCAAACUGGCCGGUAAGUGGCAGCGACCGGAGCAAAGGAAGCUCCUGGAUGCCCUGAAAAGACUCAGCAAGACCGCCGGAGGUCUCGGAGACAUCGACUAUGCUUUUCUAAGAAAAUACGUGCCUACUCGGUCCGUUGCAGAGAUCCACUCUGUGGUGGAAUCGCUGAAGAACAAAGUGAUUUCAUGUGCCAGCUUCAAGCUGAAGAAGAAGAGAUGGGAGGAGAAGAAAGUCAGAAAGCCCAUUGAGGUUUGGACACACAUUGCUUCUGCUGUCGCUGGAACCCUCGAAGAACCCAUUUCUACUGCUUUCUCUCAGGUACUGCAGGCCAGACAUUGA